AUGGCCCUGGGGCUCAGUGCUUCUCCAGCAGUUGUGCUUCUGCUCCUGUCCCUGCUGGGUCUGGCUGCUGCUGGGAAGCUCCUGGUGGUGCCAGUGGACGGGAGCCACUGGCUCAGCAUGCGGGAAUUGCUGGACAUGCUCCAGCAGAAGGGGCAUGAGGUGGUCGUGGUGGCACCCGAAGUCUCCCUGCAGAUCAAACCAUCCAAGAGCUUUGUGAUGAAAACCUACCCAGUGCCUUUCACUCGGGAAGAGAUGGAUAAAGUUUUCAAAGGGUCAGUAAUGGAUUUAUUUAAAGGAGGACCUUUUCUGGAAAGAGUCAUUAGACAGUACCAACAGGCAAAGAAGACCUCUGCUCUCUUCCUGGCCACCUGCACACACUUAAUCCACAACAAGGAACUCAUCAGGUACCUUGAGGAGAGCAAGUUUGAUGCCAUCCUCACAGAUCCUGUCCUCCCCUGUGGGGCAAUACUGGCCGAGUAUCUUUCCUUGCCUUCCGUGUAUUUCCUGCAGCAAAUUCCGUGUGGUUUGGAAUAUCAAGCCACCCAGUGCCCCAAUCCCCCUUCCUAUGUCCCCAGAGUAUUUACGGACCUUACAGACCGCAUGACCUUUCUCCAGCGAGUGAAGAACAUGCUCUAUGACAUGCCCAAUUUCUUCCUCUGCGACGUUGUCUUCCAACCUUAUGCAGAACUGGCUUCGGAGUUCCUACAGCGGGAGGUGACCGUGCCGGAUCUCCUGCGCCAGGCUUCCAUUUGGCUCAUGAAGCUGGACUUUGUCUUGCACUUCCCAAAGCCCUUGAUGCCCAACAUGGUUUUGAUUAGUGGAGUAAAUUGUGCUUACAAGAAGCUAAGUCAGUGCUACCCCACUGCCAGCUAG